AUGUUCGUCGCGACGACGUCCGCGCUCGUCGCGCGCGCGAACGUCGCGGUCGAUCGCCGGGUCCGUCUCCGCGCGAGCGAUUCCCCGCGUCUCGCCGCGCGCCCCCGCGCGUCCCCGCGCGUCGCCGCCGCCUCACGCGCUUCCGCGAUCGCGGUGCCAACCGCGUCGACGGCGGCGGCGGCGGCCGCGCGCGCGUCCGGCCGCGGCGUCCCGACGCCGCGCGGACGCGCCGGCCUCCUCCGCGCGUCCGACCCGUCCGACGCGGACGCGGAGAGCGCGCCGCUCGCGUCGUCCGCGACGGCGUCGACGGAUGGCGACGUCAAGGGCGUGUGGUACGGCCGCGGGCUGCUCCUGUUCGUCGCCGCGGCGUACGGCACGCUGUCCGUCGCGUUCAAGUACGUGUACGGGCUCCCGGGGCCGCCGUCCGCGGGGACGAUCGGCGCGGUGCGAGGCGUGUUCGCCGCGCUGUGCUUCGUCCCGAUGCUGCUGAACGAGAGCAAGCGCAAGGCCGCGGCGGCGGGCGCGGGCGCGAGCACACAGGGAGGGGAGAAAAAGUGGAUGGGGGGGAAAAGUUUUUGGCUCGCCGCCGUUGAGCUCGCGUUUUGGAACCUCGCCGCGCAGGGCGCGUGCAACAUCGCGCUGCUGUUCACGGACGCCACGCGCGUGAGCUUCCUGACGCAAGCCUCGAUCGCGUUCACGCCCGUCUUGGUGUCCAUGGACGGCGAGAAGGUCGCGAGGGUGACGUGGGCCGGGUGCGCGCUCGCCAUCGUCGGCGUCGUCCUCCUCGGGUUCGACGGCGGCGGCGCCGUGGCGGAGGCGGCGACUUCCGCGGCGGUCGGCCUCAACGUCGGCGACGUCAUCGCGCUCUUCGGCGCGGCGUCGUACUCGAUGUACAUCUUCCGCAUCAGCACGUUCGGGAGGAAGGGGAUGCCCGGGAACUUGACCCAGGCGCGUUCUAUACACUGGUCCCCAUACGACCGCGUUGGCGUGGCGUGGAAGACGGUGAUCCUCGCGUUUUUGUACUGUCUCUGGUUCGGCGCGGACUUCGCGCGGUGGUGGGCCGCCCCCGCGGGCGUCGUCGCCGCGCCGUGGGCGGGGUGGGCGAACCCCGUCGCGUGGGCGGUGUUGCUGUUCACCGCGGUCGUCCCCGGGUAUCUCGCGGACGUGUGCCAGGCGAAGGGGCAGGAGAGCGUGAGCGCGAGCGAGUCGCAGGUGUUGCUGGCGGGCGAGCCGUUAUUCGCCGCGGUGUUCGGCGCGGCGCUGCUGGGGGAGUCGCUGGGGACGUGGGGGUACGUCGGCGGCGCCGGGCUCGUCGCGGGGGCGAUACUCGCGGGGUUGGACGACGGGUCCGGGUCCGGGGAGGAGAAGAGCGCGUGACGACGCUCUCGCGUUGCUAGUUGCGUCUUGUUUGCUUAUACUCGUACUCGUU